GAGGAGGCCUUCAGCAGCUCUUGGUUGUGGUUUGGGCUGCUCACCUGCCUCGAUGAAAGACGUGCUGCUUUGGAGGGCCUUGGUUACAUUUUCUAUUUUUAUAAUAGCACAUUUAGAGGGUUGUGCAGGCUUGUUGCAGGGUGACAGCUGAAUCCAGGCCUCCUCUCUGCUCUGAUAGUGAUUAACCAGUACCUCCAGUAGGAAUGUCCUACUGGUCCGUUGGCCUUCCCCAGGACUCUGCAGACACUCCCAGCAGCAUGGAGCCACAAAGCAGCCCUGGGGAGGAAAUGGGAGCCAAAGCAUCAUUGUUGGAGGGUCCAGGGCCCGGCUCCACGCUGGGUCCUUCUCCCACUCUGGAGAACAUCCAGGCAGCAUAUGAAGACGGAGAGGGGGAGUCUGCCAGGGAGCUGAUCCAACAAGCCUGCUGUGUGGAGUGCAGCGCAGGGAUGCCCCGCAUCGACGGGGACCGUCUCCUGUGUGUGGCCACUCAGCACGGUGACCUGCAGAGUGUGUGUUACCUCCUGAAAGAAGCUCGUAUCACUGUUCCCCAGGAGCCGUCCAACAGCAACCCAGCCAUCCUGGCAGCGUACUAUGGCCACGCCAGCCUCGUCAAAGAGCUGCUGGACUCUAUUCCUGGUCCAUGUCUGAGGAGAGACUUGCUGAACUGGAUGCUGGCCACAUCCUGCCAGCAGGGUCACCUGGACGUGGUCCGGCUGCUGGUCCACGGCUACGAUGCUGAUGCCAAAGACUGCGCCAUCCACAGCGAUGAGUUUGCUGUCAUCACUGGGCUCCCGCUGUACGCUGCUGCACGAGCAGGUAAUGAGGAGAUAGCUCGCUUCCUGCUGCAGAAUGGAGCAGGAUUCUCCUCGUACACACUGAUGGACCAUCCAGCCUUCAGCAAACACCUCCUCAGACUCCAAAUACAGGAAACCUCCAACGCAGAAGGAGAGGAGACUGUCAGUGUGUCUUGGAGCGGUCUGCAGCUGCCCUGGCUGGAGCUGGAUUGGUUCAUGGAUGUCUCGUCACGUAUCACCCACCUGGAUCUGUCAUCCAACAGCCUGGCUGCGCUGCCCUCUGUGGUGCCCUGGGGUCUCAUGCAGCUGCAGAAUCUGGAUCUUUCUAACAACCUGCUGAAGGAGCUGCCAGCUGCUCACAGCUCCCAGGAAGUCAUCUGCUCCAGGUUACAGCAGAUAAACCUCUCCCAGAACCAGCUCACCAGUUUACCACCUGGACUUCUCCAUCUGACCCGCAUACAGAGGAUUUCUGCUGCUAAGAACCAGCUCACCGUCCUGUUUGACAUCCCUGACACUACCAACUGGAUCGGCCUCCGUAAGCUGGAGGAGCUGGACGUGUCCGAUAACUGUCUGACCAUUUUGCCCACGUCCGUCAUGCACUGUUUGAAAUCCCUGAGCUUCCUCAACGUGUGCAGGAACACACUGAGCACCUUCCCUGAUCCCUGGGCCUGUCCACUGAAACAAUGCAAAGCCUCCUCCAACGUGAUCGAGAGUCUUCCCAACACCAUCUCCAUCUUCUGGAGGACUCAGCUGCAGGAGGUGGACUUCUCUGACAACAACCUGAAGGAGCUGCCCUCAUAUAUCUUUGAGCUGGAGGCUCUGGUCUCGUUGAGAUUGUGUGGGAAUCACAUUGCGACACUCCCGACCCCCAGUAAGUGGAAGUGCUCCCAGCUCAGGACCCUCGAUCUUUCCAGGAACCAGCUGGGCAAAACAGAGGAGGGGCCCAAAUCCAGGAGGCUGGCCUUCCUGAGUACAUGGAACAGAAGGGACCCAGACCCAGUGUGUUCCAUAGAGUUUCCCAUGAUUCUGCGGGAUUCACUGGAAGUGCUUUACUUGAAUGACAACCAGCUGGAGUGUGUUCCCCAGUCACUGUGUGGUCUGCACGGCCUUACCGAGCUCUACCUCUCCAACAAUCCUGGGAUCCGGGAGCUUCCAGCAGAGCUCAGCCAACUAUCCAACCUGUGGCAGCUGGACACCGAAGACCUCAACAUCACUAAUGUCCCCCAGGAAGUAAGAAAAGAAGGUCCUACAUCUGUCCUGGCUUAUCUCCGGGCACACCUUCGAAAAGCAGAGCCUUAUAGACUGCUGAAGAUGCUUGUGAUUGGUCCACCAAGACAGGGGAAGACGGCCCUGCUGGAGGCUCUACAGACCGGCAAGGCGGCCCCCUUCACCCCGGCAGAGUGCAGCAUCUCCACCUCCACCUGGGAGCUGGAAAAACCCAACGGAGGCAAAAACAGCAAGGACUCAGUGGCGUUCAACGUGUGGGACAUUGGUGGUCAGGCGAGCAUGUCCACAGUGAACCAGUGUUUCUUCACUGAUAAGGCCCUGUACGUGGUGAUCUGGAACCUGGCUCUGGGAGAGGAGGCUGUGGCCAACCUGCAGACAUGGCUGCUCAACAUAGAGGCGCGAGCACCAAACUCUGCCGUGGUGGUCGUGGGAACACACUUGGAUCUCAUCGACACCAAGUUUCGCACUGAGAGACUGGCCACGCUGAGAGCUUACAUUCUGGCCCUGUGCCGAUCGCCGUCGGGGGCUCGAGCCAGCGGCUAUCCUGACAUCACCUGGAAGCACCUGCAGGAAGUGUCCUGUAAGACCCUGGAGGGUUUGGAUGGGUUGAAGAAGCUGAUCUACCAGGUGGCUCUCUCCAUGAAAGACAGCAGCAGCUCAGCCUGUGGCAGUAAGCUGCUGGGCAGACUGAUCCCCAGGAGCUACCUGACACUUCAGGAAGCAGUGAUAGCUGAGAAGCAGAGGCGAGAUGCUGACGGAGAGGUCCAAUACCUAACUGAUGUCCAGCUGGACAGUGUCAUCGAACAGAACCCAGGAAGUGACAUCAGAGACUACGAGGACCUGCAGACUGCCAUCAGCUUCCUGAUAGAGACGGGGACCCUGCUGCACUUCCCCGACACCAGCCAUGGCCUGUGCACCCUCUACUUCCUGUGUCCUGUGUGGCUGUCAGAGUGCCUGGAGAGGAUCAUGCAUCUCAAGUCCUCUCGCUCUGUAGCCAGAAACGGAGUGAUCCGAGCUGAAGACCUCAGGAUGCUGUUGGUUGGAACAGGGUUCACCCAGCAGACAGAGGAACAGUACUUCCAGUUUCUAGCCAAGUUCGAGAUCGCUCUUCCCGUGGCAAACAACAGCUAUCUGCUGCCCCACCUCCUCCCCCCCAAGCCGGCCAUGGACAUCCACUGCUUCCGUCAGCAGACCAACAACACCCUGCAGCGCCUUGUCAAGAUGAGCUUUGUUCCUGCUGGAUUUUGGGAGCGUUUCAUUGCCAGGAUGCUAAUCAGCCUCACAGAGAUGGACCUGCAGUCGUUUGAGCCCAAAAGAAACGCCAGGACGCAGCGCAACAGGAACUCUGUGAUCUACAGCUUCGCUGGAACCCAGCAGAGGAACCGCUGCAGCACCUUCAGAGUCCGACGCAGCCAGACGAUAUACUGGAAGGAGGGGCUGCUGGUCACUUUCGAUGGAGGUUACCUCAGCGUGGAGUCGUCAGAUGUGAACUGGAAGAGGAAGAAGAGUGGAGGCAUAAAGAUCAUCUGCCAGUCAGAGAUGAGAGAUUUCUCAGCCAUGGCUUUCAUCACAGACAACGUCAACUCUCUGAUUGAGCAAUGGUUCCCUGCCUUGACAGCCAGUGAGAGUGAUGGGAGUCUCCUCAUAGAGCAGUACGCACCCUGUCCCCUCUGCUCCUCACUGGGCCAACAGAAGCAGUCCGGCCAGGUCGAACAGACAGAAGCACGUGGAGCAGAUGACCGGGGAGGAAGAGAAGGGGUUCAUUACUUUAACAUGGAGGACUGUGUGCUGGCCGCAGUGGAGAAGGAGUACAUCAUCUGUCCUCUACACCCUGAGCAGCCGGUCAGCCUCCAGGAGCUGGUCCCAGAACUCUUUAUGACUGACUUCCCUGCACGGCUGUUUUUGGAGAGGGCCCAGCUGGAGUACUCUGAGGAGGAGAAUAACAUCCUCGGCCAGGGGGGCAGCGGGACCAUCAUCUACCGAGCUCGAUACCGUGAGCAGCCAGUGGCCAUCAAGCGCUUUCACUUUAAGAAGUGUCGACAGCAGACCAUCAGCAGUGACACAGACACCAUGGUGAAACACCUAAAGUCUGCAGACGCCUGUCGGAGCUUCUCUGAAUUUCGCCAGGAGGCCAGUAUGUUGCACUCUCUGCAGCAUCCCUGCAUCGUGUCUCUGGUGGGCAUCAGCAUCCACCCGCUCUGCUUUGCCCUGCAGUUAGCGCCGCUUGGCAGCCUCAACACUGUGCUGGAGGAGAAGCAGAAAGGCAAAGGCUCCAAGUACAUUCCCCUCGGUCACAUGCUAACCUUCAAAGUAGCCUAUCAGAUUGCAGCAGGACUGGCGUACCUUCACAGGAAGAGCAUCAUCUUCUGUGACCUCAAAUCUGACAACAUCUUGGUGUGGUCUCUGGAGUUGCGGGAUCCAGUCAACAUUAAACUGUCUGACUACGGCAUUUCUCGACAAACCUUCCAUGAGGGGGCGCUGGGGGUCGAGGGCACGCCGGGUUACCAGGCUCCUGAGAUCCGACCAGGCAUCGUGUAUGACGAGAAGGUGGACAUGUUCUCCUAUGGGAUGGUGCUGUAUGAGCUGCUGUCUGGGCGGAGGCCGGUGCUGGGACACCACCAGCUUCAGAUAGCGAAGAAGCUCUCCAAAGGCAUCCGGCCGGCUCUGGGCAGCCCAGAGGAGGUUCAGUUCUACUGCCUCCACAGCCUGCUGACGGAGUGCUGGGACACCAAGCCCGAGAAGAGGCCGUUGGCCAUUCAGUGUGUGAGGCAGAUGCAGGAGCCCAGCUUCCCCUGCCUCAGGUAUAUGCUGUCCUGUGACAUCCACUCGCAGCUCUUCCUGUCCCAGCUGCAGGGACACAGCGCAGUGUUCUGGAGCGGAGACAAAGAUAACAGGAACUACAGUGUGGUGAACGUGGAGAAGGGCCAAGUGGAGGUGAAGAGGAUGCUGUGUGCAGGCAGCAGGAUCAGCUGUCAGAUGAAGAUGGGGAACGUUCUGUGGAUGGCUACUGAGGAGCAGGAAGUUUUCAUCUACAGUCUGAAGGACAUGUGUCCCCUCAGUCAACCCCAGAAACAGUUCUCAUGUCCAGCCGUCAUCACCUGCCUGUUUCCUGUUCCAGUGAGAGAACAGAGCCUGGCCAGAGUGUUUGCGGGGAUGUCUGACGGCCUGGUGGCGGUGUACAGCCUGGUGGAGGACGUUCCCCUGGAGGGAGAGACCUACCUGUGUUCACACACUCUCAACAAGACGGUGUUUGCUCUGAAGGACACAGAUCCCAGGCAGAGACCCUACCCAGUCAAGAGCAUGGCACUGGUCAAUAGCGGCUCCCAGUUAUGGUUCUCCAACGGCCCAGGCGUGCUGGUCAUCGACUGUCUGAGUCUACAGGCAGUUCGAAGGCUGGAGCCCUACAACCCGCCAUCCUCCAUCGUAUCCAUGGCAACCAGCUUCAGCCUAUGGGGAGAGGAGGCCGUCUGGACCCUGGACGACCACAUGAACACUCUGCUGCUCUACCACGCUGCCUCCUACCAGCUCUGCGCCAAAUACUGCUGUGGAGACAGCAACCCUCUUCGGGAUGUCUUCACUGUGAAGCGUCCUGCUGGGGUUACCAUGGUGACAACCCCUGAACUCAAGACCUCAGAUCAGGAAGAGAAGCAGGGAUGGACUAACGGAGAAGUGACAUUGAUCUACAGCGAGGAGGCAGGCACCCAGAUCAUCCAGCACCAGGAUUCACUGACAGACUACUGCUCAUUAUCAUCCAACUGCUCCCUGGAGCCGCUGGGGUCAGACUGUUCCAGCACCGCAGGCCGCGCCUCAUUAGACAGCCACAGCAGUGUGCCUCCGCCUGCAGACUGGGAGGAGACGGAGCAGCAGGCAUCCACCAGCCCAGAGUCUGACCGAGACACUGCAGAGAGCGUGAAGGCCACGCCACCUCAGCUGAGAGCCUUCACUGUGCUGCCAGUGAGCGGAGCUCUGUGGAUCCCCAGGCGUGGAGGUGACGUGAUGGUCAUUGAAAUGCAGUCACAUGGCGAUGAGCUGAGGGGGCGUGUCAUCGCUGUCCUCAGUCCACCUGGAUGUUCGUCUUUGGGGAUCCUGGAGGAGGCAGCAGUAGUGGCAAAGGACACAGUUGUAUGUGGCUUUCGUAAGGAAAACAUGGAGUGGUGCCUGUGUGUCUGGAGGGGCUGGGGCUGCCGCGAGCUGGAAGUCUUCUACCAGUCUUACGAGGAGCUUGGCCGCUUGGAGACCAGCAUGAGGAAAAGAAGGUAGCUGUUGUGCUGCGUCGGUGAGGCGCAGAAUCGCAGCUCUGUACGGAGGGCGAGCCGAGGGGAAUACACACCGACAGACUGCCAGUGUUCAGAGCAGGGGGCCGCCGAACGCUGACAUCAGGGCAACGUAGGAGGGGGGAGGAGGUGUGCUGUAAGGGCCAAGCCUCCAGCUGUGCACAGUGGUUACGUCCCCUCACUACUUAAGUACAAAUAAGACCUGAAUAUCUGUAAUGCCACAGCAGACAUGAAGCUGAGUCACAGAUCAAACUUAACUUCUGCUCAGAGGUUUAAACGUUGGUCACAUAUUCAUAUUUAGCCCGUUUGGUAUGACUGGAAUUCAGUUCAAGAUGUGGCGGAGUGUUUGUGUCUGACUCCAGCUGCUGCAGGCCAUUGUUUAUUCUUUCUGUCUAUUUCAGCCUCCCCUCAUUUAACUGUUCCAAUCUGCAACUUUAUGGACGGGGACAUUGUAAGUAUUGAGUCUUUUUAAAUGAAGCUGAUGCUGCUGGGAAACAGCUGUUUGCUGGAAACAAACAGCAGGUUGUAGAUGACACUGAACACAGUGUUCCUGUCUUUAACUGUGCCAUAUGAAUCUGCAUCCCAGCCACAGCUCCCAUUGUUACCAGAGCGGUCUGUAAGCAACAAACGAACAUCUGUGAUCGGCGCAACAUUAUGCAACAGACCAGUGGUUCCCAGCUGCUGUCAUUAAAACCUGAUGCUUUGGCAGGUUCUCAGAGAUAAAAGACCACUUUAUUUUUUUUAAAUGAGGCUCCACUGCGGCUUCAGACACCACAGUGUGUUUCCUGCUCAACUCUGUCCCACUUGCAUCUGUAUCUCAGGAGAACAGAAAGUCAUCAGUACUGGAUGUGAUGCCAAAGACAGAAGCUGGUGCGUGUGCACAUUUGACAUAAUGUAGAAGACAACAGUGGAUCAUUAAUUCAGUUUGAUGGAUACUGAGGCCCCGUCCACACCUACACAGCUAUUUAAGGGCAAUAUCCUGUGGUGCUGCAGAGAUGCCCUGGCCUAAAAAUUAUUUUCCAGGUGUGAAGGGGACAUGCCCGUUAGAUAGAGACCCCAGCAAAAAUCACAUCAUCAUCAUUUUUAGAUAUUUUUUUAAGUGGAACUAAAAUGCAAAAAUUACCUUUCCCAUAAAAAUUGCAACUCAUAUUGCAGUCGCGAUAUUUGUCAAAAUAUUCGCAAUAUGAUUUUUUUUUGCCUACUGUGCAGCUCUAAUCAACACUAAAUGCAAAACAACUCCAAACACUUGUUAAAGUUAGCUGUCAACUGCAGCGCAAAGAUCUCAUUAUCCCUGAUUCAUACAAGGACGAGUAUAUAUGUUUACCUGUCACACCUUACCAACAGUCCCACUCUCGAAAGUGUCUCACAAUCUGCUGAUUCGACCGGAUCUGAUCCAAACUAUUUUUUUAGGCAGACGUUAAACCACAGACGCUGAGGUGGACCAAAUAACACUGGGCGUGGCAGACGCCUCCGUUCGUCUGUGAAGUGGCGCUGCAGUACUAAGGUUAUGUGUGAAGUACUCAUUAGACCAAGUGGUGAUAAGAAAACGUUAGCAAACCGGUAGUCUGUUGUUGGUUUUUUAUCUGGCUCAUGCUCAUUACUCAAAGCAACAAUGGGCAAUGUACAAAUUGAGAUGAUGUCAUCGCCUUCCAAACACUCCCUUUUACACGUGCACACAGAUACACAGUAAUCAGAGUUUAAGUCUUACUAUAAACAAUGGUUUUGGAUCACGAGGCCCGGUCGAAUCAGAAGAUGUUGGGACAAUUUAUAAAGUGGGAUUGCUGUCGAUGAGGAGUGGAAGGAAACUUUUGCAUCACUCUGUGUUUAAUUUGAGCUCCUUCGUCCAUAUAUCAGAGGCGAAUCAGCAAUGAUGAGAUUUCCAGUAGGUGUUUUGGAAAAGGUAACGUUAGCCUGUACACUUAGCUACCUUUGCAACAAGGGGAGACUGCCGUACACACUGGCGACCAUUUGGAGUUGUUUUUGCAUUCUAGUUUGGACAGAGAUAUCUUGUAAAAUAAAGGUCAUGUGGACAGAACUUUUAAAAUGAAGAGGGAAAAUAUCUGUUUUUUAAAAUUUCCGUACACAUUCAGAGGGACUAAAAUACACCCACCGAUACCAUCAGUACCUUCAGGUGUCACCAAAUCAUCCAUAACUGAAAUCAGCUGGGCUUCCGCUCCCAUGAGGCCGUUACAGUGUGCUGAAUGCUUCCCAUGGGUGUUUUAGUUUUUUCUUUCACUGUACAGUGGUACAUGUCAGUCCAGGUGACACCUCUAUUGCAGAAGUAUGGACUUGAAUCAAAGGACUUGGACUCAGGUCACAUGUUUGAAGACUUUAGACUCGAAAAAAUCAAAAAAAAGACUUGCAACUUGACUCGGACUUUAACACCAAUGACUCAUUUCUCUCAACUGAUUUGAUUUGAAAAUACUUGAUACCUGAAGAAUGCGCCACAAAUCAGUUAAUUUCCUUAUCAAAAACAUUGACACUAUUCACUCCCUGUAAGUCGACACUUAAUUCCCCAGACCCACUUCGUGUGAGCCAAUCAGACAGCACGCUGCUAAGUUGCAGGAGAGAGCCAAAUGUUACAGUGCUAGUUGGAAAAAAUGUUACCAAAGAUAAUUUAAUUCACGUGUAAAAAGAUUGCAAUUUGUUGAAUUUCAGACUGCAAAUCUUGGAGGAUGAAGAUGCAACAACUCCGUUCGACAUUUGAGGUUGCACAGGGAACAGUGAGUCAAGGCCAGUGAGAAAAUAGUCAGUGAGCUCAUGUUAAAUUAAUGCUAGCUUAACAGCAAAGGGAGUUUUUAGCAAAUUUGUUUUAGUAGAUGAGGGAAAUUUUAAAAACAAUCAUGAUUUCUGUAAAUUUAAUAUUGUAUUAUAAACAUUACAUAUGUAAAAGAGGGCUAAGGACUCGAAACAUGUUCAGGACUUGAGUGCAAAUGAUUGAGACUAACUCGUGACAUGCAAAACAGUGACCUGUUCCCACCUCUGGUCUGUAGACUCAAAACACCGCCCACAUUUUCCAGCCUUUCAGAGACACUGAUGAAAGAAACUCUCUUAGUUACAGAUGUCAGAGGAACAGUCCAUAUCUACAAGAGAGGAAAAGACUCGGUGCUCUCUAGGCUCGCUAUCCAGCCAAACAUAAGCCCUCAGUUUCACCAAAAUAUCCAAAAUGUAUCACGUAUAAGUUUCUGCUCUCUCCUUGCUCCCUGGUCUAUCCACACAGCACCAGUGUCAGCAGCUGAGCUCACAGAUUGCAGACAGAUUCAUGCGGCACCACUGAGAGCAGAGCUUUGGGUGAAGUGUUUGCUUAAUGAUGUGGCGACAAUAAAAAGCUGUCAGUCACAGUGUAGAGGCUGAGAGGAGCCCAUCACUCCCCGCAUCAUGGUUUUACAUCUUUUUAAUCAUUUUAUCUUUACAACCAAAUCUGUCUUUCGCCGUUUUACAUUGGCACAUUUCUACGGUGGCCAGUAAAGAAGUGUAUAUUGUAGCCUGGUGGUGAGGCAGAGGUUAUGUAUUUAUCAGAACGUGUAAUGAAAUGGAAGCUGUUGUGUAAAUAUCUGCUGUACAAUAUGUUACUAAAUAAAGUUCUUAUGAUA